AUGCAUCUGCUCAGCCUCCUCUCCUCUUCCCUGCUCAUUUUGGGUGCUGCCUGCGCCCCGAUCGAGCAUGAAGCAUCCAUGUCGAUGUCAGGUCUUGGAAAUCUUCUGAAAAACAUUCGACCCAACCAUGGAGGAGGGUCCUGCGGCACGUCAAAGGUUUCGUUGCCCGAAACUGGCAACGGUGCUGAACUCCCAUCCCCCGCUUCUGAAUUGGCCCUUAAAUACAUCACUCUCGGCGUCGGGACCCAGAACUAUACAUGUGCCAACCUCGAAAAGUCCGCAAAGCCAGCUUUGGUUGGUGCGGUAGCGACGCUUUACGACGUCUCCUGCCUUGCUAGUCAGUCCUCAUGGUUUCUGGAUAUGUUUGCACGUAUGGUUGUGAGGCUUCCAGUGCGCAUGGUCAACCGUCUGGUACCCAAGUAUCUUGGUUCAGAAAUGCAAGGGCAUCACUACUUCGAGGGCCGUGUUCCACUGUUCGAUCUCCGAACCAACGGCCACAAUGAUUAUGCCUAUGUUUCGGUCGCCGCAAAGGUCCCUGCGCCUCAAAAUCGUGAUGUUGACUGGUUAAGACUCGACCGUGUGGAUGGGUCUGGAAUUGAGGCCGUUUACCGUGUCAAAACCACCGCCGGAAAAGCGCCAACCAGCUGCAAGAAUAUGCCGGACCAAUUCGAAGUCAAGUAUAUCGCGCAAUACUGGAUGUAUGGAUGA